AUGACCAGCUGCUGCUGUUCCCCUUGCUGCCAGCCUACGUGCUGCAGAACCACCUGCUGCCAGCCCUGCUGUGGUGGAUCCUGCUGCUUCCCAACAUGCUGUCAAACCACCUGCUGUAGGACCACCUGCUGCCGGCCCAGCUGCUGUGGAUCCUGCUGCUGCCAACCCUCCUGCUGUGGGUCCAGUGGCUGUGGGUCAAACUGCUGUGGGUCCAGCUGCUGUCAACCCUCCUGCUGUGGGUCUUGUGGCUGUGGGUCAAACUGCUGUGGGUCCAGCUGCUGCCAGCCCUGCUGCUCUGGACCCGUGUACUGCCGCAGAACCUGCUACCUCCCCACCUGUGUCUGUCUGCCUGGUUGCCUAGCCCAGGGCUGCGGAUCCAGCUGUGGCCAGCCCUGCUGCUGCUGA